AGCCGGAAUAUUUAUUUAUUUACUGCAAGGAUGCGAAGGAUCUCUCUGCGUGUGUGUGUGGCUUUCACUGAAUCCGUCUCUCCCGAUGCCUCGCGUGCUGGAGGCUGAACCCUGCCGUGCCGGCUGCGUGCGCGUGCACACGCAGCGCGCUCCCCGCACAGCGGUGCUGCCCAUGAACACCACCACCACCACACUUGUGGUUGCUGCUCCAGUCCUGUUGAUUUUUUUCGUAAUUUUGAUCGUUCAUUUUACCCUGCCCGUGCGUCUAUUCCGGUCACACUUUUAGUCUGUUGCAUUGCCACGGCGGACUGUGUGGAAACAUUUAGUGGCAACCUCGAGACAUUCAGAACCGAACCGAACAUAUUUCACCAUCCCGGAAUCCGCCUGGCCUCCACUGGAGAGACAAGUUCCCGGAGCGUGGGCGUUCGUUCAUGAGCAGCGUUCGUCUGACGGCGCAACCCUCCCCGGGCCAUGGAAGCUAUCCCAGAGUCACCGCUCCUAAGCCGAGGUCUCCAGACGCUCCAGAAACGACCAGGAGUGGCUAAAAGCCCCCGAGCUCCCACGUCGCCCUCCCCGAGAGCAUCGCCUUCACAGCCAAUGCAACCGCUCGCUCAAGCAUCGCCAACGCAAGCGGUCAAACUGGCACUAAAGCAGCCGGUCUUAGGACCGUUGACACCACCGCCGCUAGCACAAUUGCCUCCGACGCCGACGGCUGAGCAUUCAGUGGCAGCACCGCCAAUUGUGCCGAACAAGCUACUGCCGUCGCUGUGGUGGCCGUUGCGUCAACUAAUGCCGGCAUCAAUGCCGACAGCGCCAAGGUCAUUUUCAAGUAAACCGACUCUGCAAAUACCGUCGCCGCCGCUCCCCCAAAAGCUGUCAAUGUCCUCGGCUUCCGAGCCUUCACCGCCUGUUUCGGCUACGCCGGCAACGACGACAACAGCGCUAUCCGCGGCGGCCGCAGCAGCAUCGACAGCGUCAUCUUACGCAACUCCAGCGGGCAAGGGCGAGGCAUCACCACCGCCGCCAGCGGCCCUGUCGGAGUCAAAACAACGGCCGUCACCUUCGUUGGUGCCGGCGCUUCCGCCGCCGCCAGCCUCUCCGGCGCGGUCCCCGCUGCGGCUCCCCGUUCUGUCGGCACGCUCGCCGCCCGCGGGCCGCCCCCCAAAGCCGCAGAUGUCCGCGGCCCGGCCACCCCCCCGAGGCCGCGCGGUGCUGCUGUUGGCACUGCCAGCGCUGCUGGCGCUGAUCGACCGGCGGCAGCUGGGCCCGUCGCCGUGCUCGGCGAGCGGCGCCGACGCGCAGCUGCACUACCGCGUCAACUACCGCCUGCGCGAGGAGAGCCCGCCUGGGACGUUCGUGGGCGCGGCGGGCUCCGACUCGGGCCUGUCGCGCGUCUCCAGCGGCCUCGACUACCGCAUCAUCUCGGCCGGGCCCGGGGAGCGGCGCGGCCGUCCGGACGGGGACGCGGGCGAAGGCGGCGGCGGCACCCUCUUCCGCGCCGACGCCAGGACGGGCGACAUCUACACGGGGGCGGCGCGCCUCGACCGGGAACUCGUCUGCGGCCGGGACGCCGGGCGACGGCGUCUGGGCCGGGACGUUGGCCCCGGCGUGCCCGGCCUGAGCGCGGACCGCUUGAGUGAGCGCGAGGACCGGGGGGAGCCGAGGAGGUCGAGCGGAGGGGGGGCAGAGGGCGCGGGCAGCCCGGCCGGAUCGCGGGCCAGGCGGGACGUCGGCGAUGGGAUCCGGGAGCUCGGCUGCCCGACGGGCGAGCGGCAUUCGUUCCGUGCCGAGGGCGCCGUCGACAAGCGCUCUGUGAGGGACGCUCGCGAGCGCACGGACGUCGCAGGAGACCGAAGUGACGGUGCUGCCAGGGACUCGGAAUGGGACGAUUUUAACGAUGACGUUAAACAACACAACACCGUCGGCCGCAAUAAAGGGAGACGUUCCGGAUACGACGUCCUCGGCAGCGAUGGGUUUAAUAACCGUCGUACGGGGGACGAGAGGGCAAGAUGUCACGGUGAUGCCGAUGGUGCUGGGCAGCAGGUUCUCAACAAAGCCCACCCUGGGCCUUUCGUAAACAACCUCAACAGACACCGCCUUGGCCGUGACGACAAUCGCCAGGCCGGAGGGCGUGCGAGCCACAGCGGCGACAAUGUGGCGCACUGGCCGGCCUGGAGAGACGGCGGCGGUGGCAAUCGCAGAGCCAGGAACGUAACCCGCGGCUACGACAACCGGGCGCCCAUCAACCGCGCGGGCCGCAGCGCGCACGGCAAGGUGCGAGUCGGUCGUCAACUGGCAGCCUACGGGCACGACGACUACGACGACGCCGGUGACGGCACGAGCGACAAGGACGACGACGACGACAGCAGCUGCUUCUUCGACCUGCAGAUCGUCGCCACGCCCGAGCAGCCGGACCCCUUCUUCGCGCUCCUCGAAGCGCGCAUCUUCAUCAUCGACGUCAAUGACAAUUCCCCGACGUUCUACGAUGAGGACUCGUCGUCCACGCUGCUGCGCGACGCCAUCUUCUCGCUCGCCGUGCCGGAGAACUCUCCCGCGGGCCUCAGCCUGGCGCUGCCCCGGGCCUGGGACCCCGACGCCGGCUCCAACGGCGCCGUGAGCUACAGCCUCGACUUUGACGACGGCGACGGCGGCGGCGUCGGCGGCGGCAGCAGCGGCGGCGCCACCAACGACGACGAGCUGGCGCCCGCGAAGGUGUUCGAGCUCCGGGUCGGACAAGAGGACGGAGGAGGAGGCGGCGGCGCCAUGACAAGUGGCCCCCCGUACCUGGUGGUGCGCACUCCCCCGGACCGCGAGCGGCGCGACCGCUACUCCCUGUGGCUGCACGCGCGCGACGGAGGGACGCCCCCCCACGAGGCGGCCACGCGCGUGCACGUGCGCGUCACCGACGAGAACGACAACGCCCCCCGCUUCACGCAGAGCCAGAUGACGGUUGAGAUCCCGGAGAACUCGCCGGUGGGGACGCCGGUGGUGCGUGUGCAGGCCAGCGACCCCGACGAGGGCGAGAACGGAAAGGUCCAGUACCGCCUCGCAUCCUGGUCGUCCUCCUCGUCAUCGUCCCAGCCAAUACCUCCGAUGUCGUCAUCGCUGCUGUCUCUCGCAUCAUCGUCCUCGUUGACGCCUUCGUCCUCCUCCUCCUCGUCGCCGCCGUCGUCGGCCAAGCCUCGUCGACGGCCAGACACGGCUCUGUUCUGGCUGGAUUCGUCAUCGGGCCUCGUCGUCGUGUGGGGCCUGCUGGACCGCGAGGAGGCGGACGUCCACCGCUUGGUCAUCGUGGCGACGGACUGUGCGCCUUCGCGACCGGCGAGCGCCACGGCCACGCUCACCAUCGUCGUGGGUGACGAGAAUGACACGCCGCCCGAGAUCGAGCUGCGCAUCAUCGCCCGUACCGAGGGGGACGCCGUGACGGCCGAUGACACGGACGACGACGACGACGGCGGCGACGGCGAGGUGAGAGGAACGGCUUCGGCGGCGACGGUCGUCGUCUCGGAAGCGUCCCCUCCGGGCUUCCCCAUCGCGCUCAUCUCGGUGUCGGACCGCGACUCGGGCAGCGGCGGCGUUGUCUCGCUGUCCAUCUCCCUCGACGGUGACGAGGAGAGCGCCGGCAAGGACGAGGAGGAUGAGGCCGGCGCUGCCGCCGACCUGCCGUUCCGCGUCCGGCGCCUUCCACCAUCGCCCGACCGCUACCUGCUAGAGACGGGCGUGGGGCUGGACAGGGAACGGCGCGAGAGGCACGUCGUGCGCGUCGUGGCCAAGGACUCGGGCGUGCCACGCCUUUCCAGCACGGCCGUCGUGUUCGUGCGUGUCGCGGACGCCAACGACAACCCGCCCACGUUCCCACGCCGCGUCUACGAGGCCGCCGUCGCGGAGAACGGCCCGCCGGGCCUGCGCGUCGCCUCGGUGAUGGCGACGGACGCCGACGUGGGCAAGAACGGCGCCGUCGUCUAUUCCAUCGAAAGGGUGACCGCCCUGAGGAUAAGCGCCGGAGGGGCCGACGCGGCCGGAGGCGGCGACGCGGCCGCCUCCUGGGCCGCCGACGUCGCCGGCACCGCGCGGCCCCCCGCCGUUGUACGGCCCUCGUCGUCGGCCUUCCGCAUCGAGCUCACGACGGGCCUGGUGACCGCCUCGCAGAGCCUUGACCGGGAGGACGCCCCCGGCGGCUACGCUCUCGCCGUGGUGGCGAGCGACCGGGGCAUCCCGCCGCUCUCGGCGACGGCCACCGUGAUCGUGCGCAUCCUCGACCGCAACGACAACGCGCCGCAGUUCGAGCUGCCCGAUUUCCACUUCUACGUCCGCGAGAAUCAACCGGCCGGCAACAUCAUCGGCCGCGUGUCGGCGUGGGACCCCGACGAGGGUGACAACGGGAAGCUGGAGUACGCGAUAACCGUCGUGAACGGGGAGGAGUUCGACAAGAACGACGCCAAGCAUCGCGCGGAGGUCUGGGACCAGGACCCGAACCGGCACGCGGCCGACGACGGGGAAUCGACGUCGUUGUCUUCGCUGUCCUCCUCGUCGUCGCAGCAGCCUUUGUUUAGCAUCGAUCCCGACACGGGGGUGAUCCGGGCCGGGUUCUCCUUCGACCGCGAGAAGCAGCACUUCUACACGCUGGAGGUGCGCGCGCGCGACCUCGACCAGACCCCCACGUCGCGCCUCAGCUCCUCGGCCCGCGUCUUCAUCCACGUGGUGGACGAGGACGACAACGCCCCCGAGUUCCUCGCGCCCAAGACCAACUCGACGUUCGUGUUCGUCGAGACGACAGGGGGCGCCGUGCCGGGCACCACCGUCUACCCUGUGUCGGCCAUCGACCCGGACUCCCUGCCGCCCGUGCCUCGGCGCGACGACGUGGCGGCCGCGGUCGUGGCCGCGGCGGACGAGACCAAGUCGGCGGCGUCGUCCUCGGCGACGUCCACCGCCAAAUCCCCGAUGGCGCCGAUGCAGUACUCCAUCGAUGGCGGGAACCCGCGGGGCCUCUUUGCCAUCGACGCGCGCACGGGCCUUGUGACAGUGCGGGAGGCGCUGACGGACGAGCACGCGGGCCUGCACCGCCUGGUGCUGUGCGCCCGCGACACGCGGCACCGGGCCAUCGCGCUGUUGCACGUGUUCGCCAACGCGACGCUGGACGACGUGACGGCCGUCAACCGCCUCAUCACGCGCAGCCUCGCCACGCCGCUCUCCAAGAACGUGUCCGGCCUCGGCGGGCCGUCGGGCUUCGACGAAGACGGCGACGACGACGGCAAGCAGAGCAGGCUGCUUCUCGUGGCCGCCGCCCUCGCCCUGGCGGCCGUGCUGGCCGUGGUGGCCCUGCUGGCGCUGCUGGUCGCCCUCGCGCACCACUGGUGCCGCUGCUGCUACAUCUGCCGCUGCUGCUGCCGCUACAAGAAGGAGCACCGCGGCAAGCGCAAGUUUUUCGGCGGCGGCGGCGGCGUCGGGGGCGGCGGCGGGCUGGCGCAGGCGGCCGUGGAUUGGCCCAUCUCCAAUGACGACAAGAGCGCCGGCCACGCGGGCAGGCGGGACAAGGGCGAACGCGGGAUCACGGUAGCCUGCACCAUCCUGGGCCACGAGGGGGCGAGGGACAAGCAAGCGUCGCUCGCAGGUGAGACGGUAGCGGUGGAGCCGCGCGGUUUGUUGCAAAUAAGCGCUGCGGAACAAAAGUGAUUGCCCCAAAAAUGCUCGCGUUGUUAAAAGCAAGACACGCUAUACAGUCGUUAGUUCUGUAAUUUUAAAUGUAACCUUUGGCAUAAUCCUCGCUCUUAACUAUAGCCUUAAUGUUAACCAAAUUUGACACUGAACAGAAACUUUGCUUUACCCACAGCUCUUCCAUUCACCCGUAACUACUGCACGCUGCACGCAGCAGCCCCAAGGUUGUGGCCUAGUCUAGGCUUUACAUCGCUCCCCAUAAAAGUGACGUUUGUAAGAAAAUGUGAUCAUGGUGGCUGCGAUCACAAAUAUGGAGCGAUGUGUGCGUUACAUGAUAGCACGGUGAUUAAAGCCCACGUUUGCAAUAAAAAUAGGAUGCCAAUCGAUUUCAGUUUUGACAUUAAACAAAUAGGGCACGGUUUGCAUAUACGUUAACGCUUGAGGAAUAUAUUAUAAUAGCUUGUUUAGAUCUAUUAAUGCUUUGAUGUUCGCAUUGUCUUUGUGCUAUUUGCCUUUUGGCGUUCUCUGGUCUAACACUGAUGAGGCAAGGUCUCUGGUGUAGGCCAAUCAGUAUCAAAGAAUGUUGUUUCCAUGUUUUACCAUGGAAACAACAGCAUGUGUGGUGAAUGUAAAUUUGAUGCCUUGUGAUAGGUGUCUACUUGGUAUUUGAACAUCUUAAGGAUAAAGCCUAUUCCUUUUUCGUUUCCAUCAGCUUAAGAAUAUGCCACACUAUUGCUCUAAGGAGUAAGGUUCUAUAGGACUUAAGUGUCCAUAAAUGUUGCAUUGAAGUACAUUAUUUAAACAUUGUAAAUGAGCACCAGCAUUUCCUUUGCAAUGGCCUUGCUCUUAUUUUUCACACGCACAACAAAAACUGUGGCUAUGCAAUAAUUGAUUUGCCUAAGUGCCUUCAGCAGCAGUCCAUGUGAUCCACAGAAGCACAGAAUACAUUGUUCAAGAUACAUGAUGUACAUUAGCUUUUACGACCAUGAAGCCCUUCUGUCAUACCCAGGUGAAUUGUUCUUGCAAGCAGCCAGCGGUUUUGUUUUGCUGUACCAAUGGUGAAUAGAAACUAUUGGGUAAAAUGUUAAACAGUCCAACACUGAGACGUUAUUAUCAUAUAACUUCUCAUUCAAUUCCCUUCACGGAGACACAGAAAAAGUUCAGUUAUACAAUACGUCAACGUUUAAAAUUAUUAUUGCAUCCAUAAACCCGCCACCACCCGAUACAGCUGAUUCGUCAGGUGUCUUUGGGUGCUGGCGGGUUAUAACGACACAUUUAUAUUUACACGAUCAAUGUAUAACAUUUGUCGCGAAAACCUAAGUGUUAAACAUUAGUAUUGCAUCUCACGAGAAUUGCUGAGUGCACAUGUUAAUGCUACCACAUUUCUUGGAGGCUCAACUGGGAUACGUGGGGACACGUGGGGAGAGCUAGCAGCCCCUCCUCCUACUGCAGUCCCGCCCACAUGUGCAUAACCACGCCCACUCACUAACUAGCCCGGCCCACACAGUGAGUGGCCUCCCUCUCUGCUCAUGGCCCUGCCCUACUGCUGAAGGCUCUGCCCUGCUGCUCAUGGCCCUGCCGCUCUUGGCCCUGCCCUGCUGCUCAUGGCCCUGCCCUGCUGUUCAAGGCCCAACCGACUCACUUUACAGCCCCUCCACCCCCGCCAUUUGCUCGAUCAUGAACUCAGACACUGUAUAUUACAACUGGAACAAAAUCCAAAUGUUCACAAAAUCUUUGGGACACCAGCCUCUCUGAAACUGGGGACUGUUCUGGCCAAACGGGAACUUUUGGUAGCACGAGUAAAGGUAUAGUACAGUACUGUCCUCAUGGAUCCUAGUGAAUUAGAAAGAAGCUAAAAAAAAACGUCAAGAUGGCUCUCUAUAGAUAAUAUAACGUCUGCUUUUAAUAGUGUACUUUUAAUUGUUAAGCUUGUAUCAUAACCUCCAAAGUAAACCUUUACACUUUCCCUAAAAUGUAAUUGAAGAAGACGAUUCCAUUAUCUCCAAAAACAUACGGGACCGAAAGACUGCGGGUUAAACAACGUGGGGCCUAUACGUACAGCGCUUCAUCAUAAUAAUACGGGCAUAAUAAUUGUUUACUAUAAAUGGUUAAUUCACUAAUGUAUUAAAUCAAAUGUUGGUAUGGAAAUUAAGUCAGCCUGAGUCUCUGGACAGUAUUUUAUUUUAAAUAUCUUACGUUUAAGAUCGGUAUCUACAAACAGUGUACUUUACAUGUUGAUUUUUUCAGCCAGCAUUUUAAUGCUAUCCUGCUACGGGCUAAUGUGUGCGAUGUUAAUCAUUGGCACAGAUAAAUUAGAAUAAAAUCCAAACACAUUAAUUGCGAAUCAAUUAACUUGUAAUGUUUAAUAUCUAGUUUAAUAAACCUGGUCGCAAGGUCCCGUGAUGGUCCCAUUUGCUAGAACCGAACGGCUCCUGCGGACGCCGAGAGCUUUGCAACGGCAUUGUGACGUCACGACGUAUCCGCUCGGCCAAUGAGGGCGCGCGGUGCGUCGGCCAACCGAGAGUUUGCAGGAUGCUACCGGCGCCCGCGAUUGGCUGGUAUACAGAGGGUCGUGGAUUCGACGCCUGUAUAUUUGGAGUUUGUGUGGAUUUUUCUCCAGGUCCUUCGGUUUUUCCCUCCACAUUUAGAAUCACAGUGCUUUUAGAGUAUUUGGCUGCUAUAAAUUUCCACGUGAUAAGCCACUUCAUUGAGCGAUCAUUUGUGGCCACGUCGCUUCUAAACAAAGAGCUGUGUAGCUCAGUGGGCCUCACCGGGUAAAAUAAAAACAAUAUAAAAGCACCCUGGACCGCUAUGGAGUGUUCUGACCAAUAAACGCACCGGUAUUUAAGAAGCUGGGUCAGGUGACACGGUUAUUCUGACUUCCUCGAACUUACCCUGAAGAUUAUUUAUGCCGU